AUGGCACUAUCCCAAACUUGUUCUCCAUUUCCAAUGGCAACACUUUCUUCCUUCACUGCCUCCUCCAAAACCCUAACCCUAACCCUACCUAAUCACGCUAAAACCUCAUCUCUCAAUUUCAACAAUCUCUCCAUCUGUACCAAAAUCCAUACCCGAAACCCUAUCCGGAUUCGCGCGGCGGCGAAUGAAGGUUACUCUUCCAAGAGAAGCGGAAGCAAUGACGACAAGGAGACGAUUUUGCUUCCCGGUUGCGACUACAACCACUGGCUCAUUGUGAUGGAGUUUCCUAAAGACCCUAAACCCUCUCGUGAAGAAAUGAUUGAUACUUACCUUCAGACUCUUUCCACUGUCGUGGGAAGCAUGGAAGAAGCAAAGAAAAACAUGUAUGCCUUUAGCACCACAACUUACACUGGAUUUCAAUGCACUGUUGAUGAAGAAACCUCUGAGAAAUUCAAGGGUUUGCCUGGUGUUCUCUGGGUCCUUCCAGACUCAUACAUAGAUGUUAAAAAUAAAGACUAUGGAGGUGACAAGUACAUAAAUGGGGAAAUCAUUCCUUGCACGUACCCUACGUAUCAACCAAAACGUAGUGGUGGAUCAAAGAAUGAGAGUAGAAGGUUUGAGAGACGGAGGGAUGGCCCUUUAUCACGUCAAAAGCCAAGACUAGAGGCAACCGCCUCAGAUUCAUCCUCUGAAUGA